AGUGUUUCCAUCAGCAGGACGGAAAUGGAUACAGGCAACAUGGUAGAUACAUGGGUAGAAAUGUGAUUUGAACAAGCAGCUACUGUUGCUUUAAUUGAAAAGGGUUAUCCGUAUCAUAUUCAAGGAGUGCGUUAAUCCAAAACGGACUAACAUAAUUUUAGGAUCUGAUACAUUUAGAUGUUGUGUUCAACUGAUGUCUUAAAUCGGCACCUGAAAUGUCCAAACCUAUACUACUUUCACUGCAUCAAGGGCUGAGGAAAAGCUUCCAGAGUCUUGAAAACAACCAGAAAGUAUGGGAGAGUGUGUUGGCCGACUGCAUCCCUCUGAUGGUAUCUCUAGGUAACUUGGCGGAGCAGUCCCGAGCCCUUUCAAACAUCCAAAUCUCCAACACACCGCUCAGAGACUUUCCUGACCUGGAGGAGCGGCUGCGUUUCAAGCUCCAACUAUCCACGGAUACAGUGCUGGAAAAACUCAACUUGAAUAUGUCUUCUCUACAGUCUGUUAGAGAUUCCGUCACUAACCAGGUCUCUGCGGUGGUCCAGCUUUAUGAGCAGAACGCAGACAGUCUGGAUCUUCUCACUGUGACUGAGCGAUCAUCCACCGGUCCCUCAGUCUCCGACAUGCUGGAGUGGCUGGUCAAUGCUGAGCGUCACUUUCGGCAACAAUAUCUGAGGAGGAAGACUCUGCUGCAGACUCUGAGGCCAGAUGAUCUCUCCCUUUUAGAAUCUGCCCCCAAAAGAUGGAAAUCUUUGGAGUCUCCCAGUGCAGAGGAUGAAAUCAGAGAUACACUUUGCAAAGUGCACUUCUUUAUUGAGUCCCAAUGAGAAGAGUAAACGCGACAGAAGGGCAACCUCGACCAGAUUUAAAUAUGACUGCUGUCUUUGAAGAGAAGUGCAUAAACUCGUAAAGAUGGACGCAUUUUUUGUUGAUGAAACAAAAUAGACUGUAUUUUAUUUUUUUUUAAAGAAAUGUCCCUGCACACAUCCAUGGAUCGGAUAUGUGUGCAUGUACCAGACUUUAUAUUGUAAUUGAAGAUGAAGAAGAAGUUAACACAUUGACAAAAAAAAAAAAAAAAUCAUACUUGACAACAUUUUGGUUUGUGAUGAUUCAGAUGACCCAAAACAAAUCUAUUUUUGUGAAACAACCAGCCACAAUUACAAUUGGUAGUGAGACGCUUUUUAACAAACUUUGUUUAUUUCACACUUUCAAUGUAGGCACACUCAGUCAAAGCUUUAUGUGACAAAGAAAAAGGUAAUGACAUUGUGAGAGAAUACCUGCUUGAGAAAUCACUGCAAUCUUCAUAAAACAAGCCAUCAUUAAAGCCAUCAUAACAGUCAUAAACUGACAAUUUCGGCAAUAGGCUUUCUUCAGGAACUACUAUAAAUCACAGUGCAGUAAGAGUCAAACAAACUUCAGGUUUCAACAGGUUCAACAUUACAAAGAGAUAUAUAAAAUAUAGGAUCAAUAUAUUAAUAAAUAUAUGUAUUUCAAUGUAUAAUUUGAGACUUAAAACUUGAGACAGUAAAUUUAGGAAAGAAACAAUGUUUUCACUAACUUCAUCCCUCUUCACUUGCUGUUCCCUCCUCCCCUACCUAUACAUACUCCUUUAAUGGUACACUAUUGGAUGUGAUGGGUUUUGGAGGAUCUGGUGCUGAAGCUGGUGAAUUAGCGAAGCUCCGGCCUAUGUAGCCCCUGCGGUACCUGCCACUCCUCUCCAUGAGGGGGCAGGUGCUGCUCAGCACAGCUCCACUGAUCAUGAGAAUAACGGCAGACGCCCAGCCCAGAUAAAUUGCCUGCCCCAGCUCCCUUUUGUGCAUCAGAGGCACGUUGGGAUUGUAGAAAUCCUGGAUGACUGUGUUGGCGGUCCAGGAGACGGGAAUCAGCACGCACAGGCCGGUGAGGAUGAAGAGAACCCCACCUGCGAGCGCGAUCCCCGCCUUGGCCCUGCGGUCGUCUCCAGCGCAGGUUGUGCACUUCAUGCCGCAGCAGGACACAGUGCAGGAGAGCCAGCCUAUGAAGAUGGCCAGACACAUCAGGGCGCGGGCCGCCUGGAUGUCCGGGGGCAAGGCCAGCAUGGAGUCGUACGUCUUGCACUGCAUGUGGCCCGUAGUCUGGUAUAUGCAGUUCAUCCAGAUGCCUUCCCACUUGAUCUCCGAGGUCAGGAUGUUGCUGCCGAUGAAGGCCGAGACCUUCCACUGAGGCAGGGCCGUGACGGCGAUCGCCAUGAUCCAGCCGGUCACCGCGCAGGUGAAGCUGAUCAGCUGCAUGCCAGUGUUCACCAUGAUGACACCUGUUUGUUAGACCACUCUCUGAAGAAUCACAGUUUCCCUUAGUCUAUUACAGUAACCUCUUAUUUGUUUAUCCUCUUUUGUGGUCUUUAAAGUCUACUCCUUUGGGUAUUUGGUCCUGUUACUGUUGACGUUGCCAAAUUUUCACGGUCUUUGCCCCAAUGCCACCUUGUCAGCAGCCAUUUUCUUCCCUUUUUCUUUUCCGCUUCAACAUCUGCUCCCUUUUCCAACUUCCCUGAGUCCUCAAAUUCACUCUGAAGUAAUCACUUGAAUUCUAUAAUCCACCUUUUUUCAAAGCAUCAGUAGCACUUUCUCCUCCUUUUCAUUCCUCAGUUUGACUCAAUACAUUAUUGAGUAGCCAAUAGCUGUGCAGCCACCUGUGGCAGUCCUCUGUAGCGGGAUCGAUUGGGCUUCACGGUCCAGGCCUUGUGAAUGAAAUUGAUCCCAGCCAGGCUUUUAUUUUUUCUGUGGAAGUGUUUCUUUGCCUUCAGCUCUGGUUCAAAUCCAGGAGGCCAAUUGUUGAGCUGCAGUGUGUUUCAGUGUCACACUCCUGGUACGGUGUUGCCUUACCUGGAUGGAUCACACUGAUAUAACCUGAUACUCGGAUUCGAAGGCCAGUGAGGCGGCUCUGCGUGUAUCCUGUCACAGCAAGGUCUAGAAGGGUGAUGCUUGAUUACACAGAAUAAAGACAGCAAGUCUUCGUCAUUCAGAGUUAUCCAAUGUUGAGUCCUUGCAGAACAAAUGGUACAGACAUCCUGUCAAGAUGAACAAUCCAAAGAGCCAUGUAUUUGAGCAGGUUUUUCCACGAUUCCACCUCAACUUUCGCAAAAAUACAGACUUUAAAAUCUGUGUCUGGUUUUUUGAAAUAAAACCCAGGUUUCCAUAGAAAAAGCGGCAGAAGAUUUUGGCCUGAGACGCUGCUGCUGUUGCCCGUUGAAGUAUCUCCUUGUUGACAAUAAACGGCGCAGAGGUCCAAGUCUGGACGACGCCACUUCAGCUGCUCCGCUUCACCCUGCCCCCAACUGCUUCCUCAGUAGCAACGUAGCCCAAAUGGGUCUGUCUGGUUCCAAACAAGGGUAUAAAUAACAAAUCAGGGCCAAACAGUGAGACUCCUGCAGAGCAUCUAUUCACUUCUUCCAAUCUUCACUGUUCACAGUCAAAGCUGCGAGAGCAACACUGAACCCUAGGGAAAAAAAAGCGAUGGGAGGGAGGGGGAAAAAGAGGGUGAGACAACAAAAGGAGGGAGGGAUGGCUGGACGAGGAUGGAGCACGGUCUGUUGGUGGAUCAGUUAACACAAAGACAACACAGGUGGGGGGAGGCCUCUACAAUGAGGAUUACACACUUUGUAUUGCUUUGUAUCACACAAACUCGUAUGUAUUUUUGGGGAGCUUUCACAAAUAUGAGCUGUUAAUUCUGCUAUUUGUUUGCGAUGAAAGGGAGAAACCACUUUACAAAAGGAGGCAUAGGUUUUCUUUUUUUUUUAACAAUAACUAUGGUUGAAAUGCUGAAAAGCCACAGGAGAAAUACAUAGGUCACAGGUUAAAAAAAAGUAUUGUAUGAUUGUGUCACCUGGACAAAAAAAAAUAACAAAACCCUGAAUUCUGAUACUUUUGGGGGUUUUGAAUUUGUUACAUUUUGCAAUUUGCAGAGGAAACAUCAACAGGUUAUUAUCAGUACAUUUUUACUGAGGAGGAAAGCAGGCCCUGGCUGCAACAGAAGGAUCUGACAGCACCUCUUUGUCUUAUAUAUUUACAAAUCCCGCUCUCCCGCUCCCUCAGUAUUACACCGAACCUUGGUGUGCCGGCGUGUUGAUGAAUUAAAUAUCAUGGCAUCAAGAUCUGUGGUUCAGGUUUCCUUUCUUGUGUAGCCUCUACUCUCCUUGGUAACGGUGGUCAUGACAACCAGCCAGGACACAGGAAACGGGAUGAUACACAAAGGGAAGCAGAAAAAGGUGACACAUACCAAUGAUUGCGAUCCAGGCUGGGUGUAUAAACACAGAUAUAGGUGUGUUGUAGUGAAAUCACACUAAAGCCAUGCAGCCUCAUUUCCAUCGUAAUUAGGAAAAAUAUCACCAGAUGUAUGUUCCUGAUUUACAUACAGUAAAAAUAUUGGAGUUAUUGUAAAUAGCUUGAAUGCUCUUGUUUCAAAGGUCAUACCAGCUGACUGCAUGACUUUUACCUGAGGCCCCAGGAGCAGAGGGGUGCAGCGUUGAACUAUCAUAACAGGGCAACAUAGAACAGAGUGAGAAAAUAUGUUUUGAAAUUAUUUCUGAAUGACAACCAUUCAAAAUGGCAACUUUAAAUUAACAUAUGGAAAUAAUUUGAAUAACAAUAGUGGCACAUUUAUCAACAAAGGCAAGAUGAAAAAUUGUGUUUUUUGUUUUGAAUCCAUUGUUUUUCAAAUAAAUUGAGCCACCAACAGAUACCUGUUUCCAACCUAAGUAUAAAUAAUGUUGAUAAUUAAUAAAAACUGUUUGAAAUGUUA